ACACCCAAUCCCCAACUCUCCUCCUCCAAAACUCUAUAAAUUAUCACUUCUUCCCUGCAAGAAUUCCUUCCCACAGUCCCUUGAUCUUUUAACCUUCGCACCCCUCGCUCAUUUUAGCAAGCACCAUAGCUUCCUUUGAGAUUAUACACACGAUGAGGUCUGCUGCGCUAUCUUACGCCGAGUUUUCGGAGCCCCAUUUUCUUGAGGCUUGUACUCUUUGCUCUAAGCCACUGGGUAAUAACAGCGACAUAUUCAUGUACAGAGGGAACACUCCAUACUGUAGCCAAGAGUGCAGGCAAGAACAGAUUGAGAGUGAUGAAGCAAGAGAGAGGAGAUGGAAGGUUUCUUCAUCAUCAUCUUCUUCAAAGAAAUCAACAGAGACUUCCAAGAAACCUGCAACUGCUGUGCAAACCGGAACUCUUGUUGCCUCAAACUAAGUCAAUUUCCCAAUUAUAUUAUGUGAAAUUACAUAAUUACCCCUCUCUGAUAAAAGAAAAUAUGAGGGGAGGGGGGAUGAUGAUUGAUGAGUAAAUUUGGAGAGGGUUUUGUAUAGAAGGUGAUGAUGGUGGGGUGUCAUGUUGAUGAUGGUGGGGGUGAUGAAGGAAAAAGACAAAGAUACCCUUUGCUUUGAGACAAAUUUUGCCCUUUUUUUCACUUUCUUUUUUAAAUUUUAAUUUCUGUGAUGUUUUUGUUUUCUGGUAACCUUUGAUGUUGACCUUGAUUGGUUUGCAUUUUAUGUAAAAAUACCCAACCUGUUAUAAACAUGUUCGGUAAUGUGGUGGC